AUGAAGCUGCCCUCAACCGGAAGUAUAUUCCUUGCAACCGGUGGAACAACUAGUUCCAGUAGUCAAAACUCAUCUCUUCACAAGAGUCCAACUGUUCCAGGAGGUGUGCUGGAGACCUCUGGAAUGGAAACUGUGAAUGAGAACCACGGCCCUACCAUUGAUUCUAAUCUGGGUGGUGGUGAUGAGGAAACCCUACAUGAAGAUGAUCCAAAUUCCGUAUCUCCCUACGCUAGCACCUCUCUCAUUGAACAAUUGCGACGUGGAGGUGAGAGAGAAAGAGGAGGAGGAGCGAAUUUGAGCUUCUCUGAGGUCAUCCCACCACCUCCACAUUAUCCUCCGCCUCCCGUUCCUACGGAUUCUCCUCCAACACAGCGUAACAUCUACUCCCCAUCGGAGUGUUGCCACUAUGCUCAAAGUGAUCUUCAUCAACAGAAACUCAUGACUGAUGAGGUGAAUGGGGGUCAAAUGUUUAUGGGGGCUCCGCAGACAGCUUAUCUUCCUGCAUCUGCUGCUUACCCCGCGCCUGGACAAGAACAAUAUUGGCCUCCCAAUGGAAUGUGUUAUGUUCAACAGCAAUCUGUGGUGAAUCCAUCUAUUUCUGGUCAAAGCCGUCUAGCUCACUCCCUUUACUGUAUUGUAAGAGGUGUCCCUAUCCUGCCUCCUCCUUCUCUGCAUUUUGCCAGUGGUGAAUCUCGUAGAGUUGAAAACACCAAAGCUUAA